AUGACUAAGAGCGGGAAGGCCAGCCGCUCUCCCCGCAACGGGAUAUAUCUCCCAUGGCUGAGCCUUCCCAGCGAGCGGAAGAGGCCGCCGCCCCCCUGCUCCGUCCCUCAAACCAUUCUGUCCUGCCCGUCGUUGCCGGAUUCAGCGAAGUUGAACAGAGACAGAGGCCUGUACUUUGAGAGCGCCUUGUAUUCAACCACUCCAUUCCGUGCAGCAAUAUCAAGACGGCGCACAUACUAUUGUCUUGUCCGACCACAAAUUCUAGGUAAACCAACAACAGGUGUUCGUCUCUUGGAAGGAGAAUGA